AGAAGGCGGUUGCGGAAUGACCUUACAAAGUGCAUGCUUCGUAAAAAGUUUAAGUCUUAGUGUACUGUAUUUGUUUGUGUCGUGAGAAAGUGAGUUUUUAGAUUUUAUUUAAAUCGCGAGUAAAAAUCUUCAUCAUUCUGAACUCAAUCUUAUUGCAACUUGUGCUUCUGGUUUGGAAAUUUCAUUAUUAUUAUUAUGGACAGUAUAUAUAUACAGUAUACUGUCUAACCCAAUUUCCAAAACUUUUGCGCAAAACUACAAAUUUUGUUACGUUGUCCUACAAGCACGUUGCUGAUUGACCUUUUUCAAAUAGACUGUUAGACCGGAGCUAUUUUAAUGCCCCGAGCUGCCAACUUUGGGGAAAUUUUGGAGUUUGGGUCUCAUUUCCCCAAAUUUUACUAUAGCGGCUUCCCCAAAAUGUGCCAAAUUUUCCUCAAAAUUGGCAGCUUGGGGCGUUUUUUGAAUACUACCUAAUGUAAAUACUGUGUCUAAAAUGCCAGAGAAUUCCUGAAUGUACUUCGAUACAAAUGUUUGUCAGAUAUAUGUCGAAAAUUUUCGUGUAGUCUUUUUCGUUCAUUUUCAAACCACUAUAUAAAAGUUCAUUACUCUCUGGUAAACAUGAAAGGCGACUGAUGCAGUCUUUGGUUGGUGCCAUCGGAAGGUCAACUUUAAAGAGGUUACUUUCCAGAUAUAUGAAUGUAAAAAGUUCACAUAUCCUCUUGGGAUUUGGAUGGUCAUGUCAUAAACGGGUUCUUGUGCAGUGCACCCAGCAUCAGCUUUUACCGGAGUACGAAUUACUAGUAAAAAUAGAAGUACGUCCACUCAGUGUGCUGUAUCCUCAGAGAAAAAAGUGACGUGGUGGUUAAUGAAUUUGCUAUAGCAUCAUAUGUUUGGGGACUAUAUGAGACCGUUCAAAAGCGUUUUAUAUCUACAAACGUCAUCAAGGUGUAAAACAAUUGUCUCCAUAUGAUAUCUGUGGUCUUUUUUAAUAGUUGGCAACCAAAGUUUGCAAUCUGUCGUUCGGCUAAAGCGCGUGCGAUAGUUUCACCAGUGAUUUAUGUGAUGAGCACAACUUCAGACCAUUGCGUGAAGCAGUCUAUGUACCCUAAGAAUCACGGUGAUCCUGUUUAUUGCCUCUAGAUAUUCGCCAUAAUGGCUUGUUUUCGGAGUCUUCCAAAAUGAGGAUCCACAUUUUGAAGAAUUGUUUCUUCAUUUGGAACUGCAAUCAAGUAGUCGCCAAAUUAUACAAUGUACAAAUUCAAACUCCCAGAGUACAUAUUUGGUUAAGCGUUGAAGCAUUUGCGCUUUAUUUUACAGUCGUUAGCUCACAACUUCAAUUAGCCCUAAAGUACUAAUUGCGGCUAUUUCGCGAACGCCUUUUUAGGUGAUAGGGAUCUGGCUAUAGGUUUUAAGUCAAGUUUUGAAAACAUAGUUAUAAAUUUUAUGUUAGCCAUCAAAUCAUGGUUGUGGGUCAGGAAUAACAGUUUGAAAUAAUUUUUCAUUAAACCUCAAUGGUUGUUGAUUUAAUUCGUCUAUAUGCAACGUUGACGACCUAUUUCAGUAAUAAUAUUACUUAAACAUCAUCGCUCACUCGUUGACCCGAUCGAAUAGUGAUUGUUAUAUAAAAGCGCCAAGCUGUAAGCUUGCAGCAUAACAUUUUCCAAUUGGUUGAAGUUUUUUCAUCGGUAUAAAAAGCAACAAAGUGCAUUAAAAUUUAUUUACAUGUAUCUGUUAAGCACUUUCUUUUGUCAGAAACAUGUUUGUUUUUAGCGGAUGUCAGAACGUAUUGUGAUUUUUUCGAUUACUUAUAACGAUAGAAUGCUGUAUGUAAAAUCCUGAAUUAAGCAGUAAGAAGAGUGAUAUGUCAUUAUUGUGAAGAGUAGAAAUAAGUAGUAUUACGUUAGGUUAUUUCAGUCCAGUUAGAUAGUUCAUACAAGCAUUAUCAACCAGAAAAAAUAGAAUAAAAGCAGUAAACUAAACGGAAUCUUUGUGAUAGGUAUCUUUCCAUACAUAUCCUUGAUUAUUUCCCAACGUUCUGAUUUACAUAGAUUUUCGGACUAUGUUGUUCUGCAAACUCCUCCACAAUAAUGAAGUGUAUGGUAUAAAUAGGGUAGAAUUUGUUGAUCAACCGAACAUGACGUGACUCAUAAUUUAUGCUUGUAAUAAGUUAAAAGCGUGAAGUAUCAAUAUGAUUGGAAGUUUUGCUAGCAUGUUCAAUCAUAACUGUUUGCACAUGGGAUGUACCCAUAGUUUCACCAUUGGAUUGCAAUAUAAUUUUUGGCAUUGUAAUUUUUUGUGAUCAGUGUCAAGAGGAAGAAAGUGAUUGAUUUACCGUAUAUACAGUGAUAUUAAAUUUGUUUCACUAGUAGUUUAUGAAAAAUUACUCGAAAAUUUACCUGUAGAAUGCUUCAUAUAUUAGGUGAAUUUUGAAUAAAAGGUCUACAUGUUUCAUAUUGAAUUACUUCACUUGAAUAAUGUAGUAGUUUUAUGCCAUGUAUCAUUUCGUUAUGUUUUACUUGACUACACAGGUAAGAUGUAUGAGGUUUUUGCAAGACCAUUCUCUUUUUCGUAAGAGGGUUAUAUUUUUAAGCAAAUACUUAGUUCGCGAUUUCAAACACUUUAGUCAACCAACUUUUCAGUUCAAACAAAGGGUGUUUUUUAUAGAAUUCAUCUACCUCUAUUAUACGUUUAUUCAAGUGGUAAAAUUUAACUGGUACUCUGUUUUUUAGGGAUUCCACGUUUUGCACAGCUAUUAUCUUUAAGACUAAAUUUUAAUCUAUAAAUCCUAUAAAGCAAGAAUGAUUCUUCCUUCCUCUGUGCCUAAGCGUAAAAAGGCAGAAAAGGAACUUUUUAAAGAUACUCAUACCAUAGAAUCAAAUGAAAUAAUUUGUAAGUUAGUCAAAUCAUGCGGCAACUAUUUGUUCACUGCGAUAACAGAACAGGGAGAGGAAGUCUUCGUAUCCAUUCCAGAAAGAUUUCGCAAUACAUUCUACUUUGCUCAAGGUGGUUUUGUUAUCUGUUCACCGCUGGAUAGCAAAAAGGUGAAGGGAGAAAUUCGAACUGUGUUACAGAAGGAUAAUAUUAAGGCUCUGAUUAAUGAAGGCCGUUGGUAAGUGUAUAAUAUGUUAGUAGUCGUGCCAUAAUUUUAUAUCGUCUUAUUCGUAAAUUAUUUACAUUACUUAUUAUCAUUAUUAUCAAUAAUGUGAUGGAAUGCCAGAAUGUAGAAACUAAUAGUGUUCGGUUUUCAACUGAUUCCUGUAAUCUGCACUCCUGUCUUCUGAACUGAAAUUACCAAAUGUUGAUGUUUUAUCCCGCAUUGACUACUAGCCAUAAUAAUAACAUCAUUUGACAGCGCGUUGUGAGUUUAGCUGAAAACAUACAUGUCACAUUAAGAUCCAUUUUUUCAGGUCAGAAACCAUAUUUAUGUACAAUUCGACGUUGCGCUUGCAUGGGAAUUCAUUUUCUACUUAUCAAUACUAACCAGUCUUAACUAUUAUAUGAAAUAGGUUGUUUUCUUUUCGUACUUCUUAUGUUUUUUCUGUGUCACUUCGAUACCAACUUCAGUAAUUAAGGUAUGAAAAACUCUGUUUAUAGUAUGAUAAUCAUUUGUAACUUUAGGUCUUUUGAAACUGAUGAGAAUCUUUGAAAUAUAGUGCAUUCAUGUUAUUUUGGAAUCCUUUUUCUUCUCACUUUAUUAAAAUGUAUCAAGGAUUCAAAAAGUAAGAAAGAACUAGCAGUUAGAUCUAUCUAUUCUACAUUUCUGUCAAGUAACAUUCGUUAGGACUAGACAUUUAAUAUUUAGAAAAAUCAUCACGUAACCUGAGUGUUGUAUGAAAAAUGUUACUAGCAUUUCGUAAAACGAAUACACGAGCUGUUUUCAUGUUUUCAAGGUGCAUAAUAUAUCUAAAGAUACAGUAGUAUUUCGAAAUUACUCUGUAGUGUUUUGCUAGGUAGGCGUAAGUUUAUUUAUUGUUGCUCUUAUUAAUAAUUGGUAUUCCUGACUAAUAAAUAAGUCAACGAUAACCUACAUUUCAUAAUCACUGUUCUGGAUCGGACAGGCUGUAAUCAAGUUUGUAUGCACCGUUAGGCUUAACGUUUUCACAAAUUAUGCGUAAAUUUGUAGCUACUGAUAAUUUAUAAAUAGUACAAAUCGUAGUACGAAACAUUUGGACAUUGAGUUUUCAGUAACUCAAUACAUGUCUACACAUUGACAAUCUCUGAAGUAGUACGACCUCUAGAAAGCAACAAUUUAGGCUGCGUAGUUGAUCAGCCGUCGCCAGCCUCUUACUCUAAUGCUACCUUAAGAUAUGACAUUAAUUAGUUAAUGUCCUUUAUGAUGGAUUUCAAUCAAAAUAUUUAUAAGUCUUUUAUAGUCAUCAAAUAAAUCGGUAUAAAAAUACUAUAAUUUAUACCAACAUCUGUCGUCAAGUGCUUGGGAGAGCCUUUGUUAUCAUAUUGAAGGGCUUAUCUUUCGUUUUCUUGACCCUUAUGGCCACUUCUGGCUUCGCGUAAUUGUUGACUAUGUCCAAUACACUCCUCGAUAAUCACUAAUAAAAUAUACGGGAAACUGGACUCUGAGUGUGUUAAAUAAAAUAAUUAUAAAUCAUAUACUUAAUCACAUAUAUAUCCAGCCUUUUAAUACUUCUUUACUUAUGUUUUGAUGUGAACUGAAAUUCUGGUGUAGCUCUGAAUAAAGAAUAUCAGAAGCUACAUAAUCAUUAAUUAAUAUGAAAUGUAGCUCUAUUAAUCACCUUUUAUUCAGUGAAUCAAUCUUUUUGAGUGGGUUCUAGUAAUAAUGCCUAGGUCCCUCAACAUAAACAGUUAGAACUGAUUUCAACCUGCACCCCAGUAAGUCAAAACAAUUUUUAGUUAUACAUUCAUUUUGUGCUGACAACAUGUACGAUUUAGCUUACUAGUCCCUGCAUUACUUUUAUGGUAUAGUUACACUCUUUAAUCCUAAUUCUAUUUAUAUGUCAAUAUCUAGUGGUAGUGAUCGCACCAUCAACUAUCGUUUUGAGUUGUAAGUAUUUAAUAGUUUUAAUUGCUAACUGUUCCGUUGGAAAAAAUACAACCGAUGGUUUUAUUCACAAAUUGGUCACAGCUUUUUAAAUGUUAUCCUGAGCGAUUCGUUUGUGUUUAGAUUUCUUGGUAUACUGUUUUAAUUACCAAAUAAAUUUAACCGCUUUUUUGACUGAGUAAUAUUUAUUAUUUUCCCUAUCACUUCCUUAUAGGCCGGAAACGUUUACUGUAAACAUAUCAAAGGAAUCCUCAAUAAAGAAUGACAAUUAUAUCCCAGAAGAUAUGCUUCCAUCAUUCUCUGAUAGUUCUGACACAGAAAGUGAAUGUAUAUCCGAUAACAAUUAAAAAUUGUAUAUAUUUUUGUGUAAUUAAUUUUACCAUAUAUCAACAUUAAAAUCUC